GUAAAGAUGAUACGCCUGCCAAAUUGAAUGAAGAUGGAUACGCUUCUUCACCCGUGCUGUUUGAAGACGACACACCUCUGAUGCAUGGCCACCCUGAACAGAGAGAUCAGUCCAUGGAAAAUUCAGUUGUCUUUGGCACUUCUGCAGAGGAAGUUGUGAAGGAAAUUCGCUUUAGGAUUGAGCAGAAAACUCAACUGACUGCAAGUGCAGGAAUAGCGCCAAAUACAAUGUUAGCAAAAAUGUGCAGUGAUCGUAAUAAACCUAAUGGGCAGUGCAGAAUUACCCCUGAGAGACAAGCAGUGCUCGACUUCCUAAAAGAGUUGCCCAUUAGAAAGGUGCCAGGUAUAGGAAAAGUAACAGAGAAAAUGUUAAAAGCUCUUGGAAUUGUGACUUGCUCGGAACUUUACCAGCAGAGGGCACUGCUUUCUCUUCUUUUUUCAGAAGCAUCUUGGCGGCAUUUCUUGGGUAUUUCCCUUGGUUUGGGUUCAACGCAUUUGGAAAAGGAUGGAGAAAGAAAAAGUAUGAGCACUGAAAGAACAUUCAGUGAAAUAAACGCAGCGGAAGACCAGUACAGCUUAUGUCGAGAGCUCUGCAGAGAUCUUGCUCAAGAGCUACAGAAAGAGGGACUUAAGGGUAAAACUGUUACCUUGAAGCUAAAGAAUGUGAACUUCGAAGUGAAAACAAGAGCUUCAACUCUGCUGUCUGCUGUUUCUACUGAGGAGGAAAUAUUUGCUGUUGCUAAAGACUUGCUAGGAACAGAAAUUGAUAGCGUUGCUCCUCACCCUUUACGGAUAAGACUUAUGGGUGUACGAGUAUCAGGAUUUCUAAGUGAAGAAGAGAAGAAGUACCAACAAAAAAGCAUUAAGAGUUUCUUAAAAUCAGGAAAAGAAAUUGGUCUUCUUCGGCUUCAGGCAGGGAAGUCCAAUGAAGAAUAUUUCACAAAAAACUCAGCAGCAUUUCCCAGAGGGAGUUUUUUUGAUAAAAAGCGAGCUGCAAGGCAACUAAACAGUGAGAAUAUUUCUCCAAAUGAAACUGUAGAUAAGCAGCUCUUUAAUGAUAGGAAAUCAUCAGCAAAUUUUGUGGAAGAAGCAAAGAAAGUCACGGACUUGCAGAAUUCUGAUGUGUGUAAGAUCUUCACCUGCCCUGUUUGCUUUGAGGAGCAAAGCAGCAAUAAUUUGGAAGAGCUUAAUAGGCAUAUUGAUGAGUGUCUUAAUGGGACUCUUGUUAAAGAUACUGUGGAAAUAACUAAGAAUAGCAAUUCAAGAGAAAAUACGCUUAACUUUCUUCCACUAUUUAAAAAUGAAAAUGUUGAUGAGUGUCAGAAAAAUAAAACAGAUCAAUUAGCAGGAACAGACCAGUCUGCAAGUACAUCUGACAGCUGUACUAGCUACAGCACAGAAAAAUUCACUCAGAUGGUAUCUGAUAAAUCGCAGAGAGAAAGACAGCCUAUCAGUCUCGGUGAUAUUGCUAGAAACGUGUGUAUGAAACAGAGUUUCUUCCCCGAAAGAAUUUCACGAGACGAUGGAGGCCGUUUUGAAAAGGCUGAACGUACAGAAGGCGGCAAUUCAUCCUGUUUCUUUGAAAUGAAAGAAGACAAUGUUCUUGUUUGUCCGGUGUGUAAUAUGGAACAGAAAACCACCAGUCUUGUGUCAUUUAACAGACAUGUGGAUGUCUGCUUAAAUAAAGGCCUUAUCCAGGAGCUGACCGACAAAAAGGAUGUUCCUACUAAGACUUCCAAUACGGAAAACUCAAACAGAGUUGGAGGUUUAAGCAGAGGACAGCAAUGCACAAAUCCAUCACAAGGAACCAAAAGGUCUGGACUACCAACUUCACAGUCAGUGUCAAAAAAGGCCAAGUCGAGCAAUUCCAAGCAUACAAUUGAAAUGUUUUUUAAAUGA